UCACCUUCAUUCAACACAAAAUGGAGACAUUUAGCAGGCUUUGUUUGGUGUUUUUAACUAUAAUGGCCUCCACAGCCGCCGCCCAGCAAUGUGGGAGGCAAGCUGGCGGCAAAACCUGUGCCAACAAUCUCUGUUGUAGCCAAUAUGGUUACUGUGGAUCGACUGAUGCAUAUUGUUCACCUGCCCAAGGUUGUCAAAGUAAUUGUAAUUCUGGUGGUGGAAGCAGUGGUGGCGGUGGUGGUGGUGAAAGUGCUUCUAAUGUGAGAGCUACUUAUCAUUUCUACUACCCUCAGCAAAAUGGUUGGGAUUUGAGGGCAGUAAGCGCUUACUGCUCCACAUGGGACGCCGACAAACCAUUGGCAUGGCGCCAGAAAUAUGGAUGGACUGCUUUUUGUGGACCGGCUGGGACUCAUGGACAAGCUGCUUGUGGCAAGUGCUUAAGGGUGACUAACAGUCGAACAGGCGCACAAGCCAUAGUGAGAAUCGUUGAUCAAUGCAGUAAUGGAGGCUUAGAUUUGGAUGCUGCGGUGUUUAAUCAAUUAGACACUGAUGGAAGAGGGUAUGCCCAGGGCCAUCUUAUCGUCAACUACCAGUUUGUGAAUUGCGGAGACUGAAGCUAACUCCAUCACCAUUUGGGGCUUCUUAAAUACUUUUCAAAUUGCUGCCAGUUUGUCAGCUAAGAAGACCUUAUCAAAAGUUGAAUAAUCUCAUACAAUGGAUGAAUUGUGUAUGAAUAAACCAACAGAAAUGAAAUGAUAAUAAGAAUCAUAAUAAGAGUGAUUUCUUGAAUAACAAAAA